AUGGCUACGGAUCGUAAAGCCGAGCAGGAUCGCGCUCGCAACGACGAUGCGAUCAUGCUGGACAAGGAGACGGCCGGCACCCACAGUCAUAGCGGCGAGGGAACCGACCUGGACAGCGCCGAGACUCUGAGCAACGAUGCGCAGGAGGCGCGUGCCGAACCGAUCGCCGACGACACGCUCCCGGCGCCGGCUCCAGAGGCCAAGACACCGGCCGCCCACCCCGAGGAAGGUCGCACGAAACUCGAGACCACGCUGAUCAUGGUCGCCCUCGCCUCGGCCCUCUUCCUCGCCGCCCUCGACGUCACCAUCGUCACCGUCGCGAUCCCGACCAUCGCCGAGCAGUUCCAGAGCACGGCGGGCUACACGUGGAUCGGCAGUGCCUACCUGCUGGCCAAUGCGGCCUCGGCGCCGUCGUGGGGCAAGAUAUCCGACAUCUGGGGCCGCAAGCAGAUCCUCCUGCUGGCGGUCGGUGUGUUCUGGGUCGGCUCGCUGUUGGCAGCCGUCAGCGUAAACAUGGCUAUGCUGAUCGUGGCGCGGGCGGUGCAAGGCAUCGGUGGCGGUGGCAUCGUGACGCUGGUGAACGUGUGCAUCAGCGACUUGUUUUCCAUGCGCAGGCGAGGCAUCUAUCUGGGAAUGAUGGGCAUGGUGUGGGCCGUCGCUGGCGGUAUCGGCCCCGUGCUCGGUGGCGUCUUCACGGACAAGGUCACCUGGCGCUGGUGCUUCUACGUUAACCUGCCCAUCUCGGGAGCGGGCUUUGCCGUCCUCCUCUUUGUGCUGAAGCUGCACAACCCUCGAACGCCCAUGCGGAAGGGCCUCAAGGCCGUGGACUGGCUCGGCAGUCUGGCCAUCAUUGGCGGCACACUGAUGCUCCUGCUCGGCCUCACGUUUGGAGGCGUGGACCACCCGUGGAGCUCCCCCAUUGUGGUCUGCCUCAUCGUCUUUGGAGUCGUGACUAUUGGCAUCUUCGCCCUCAUCGAGUGGAAGGUCGCCGCCUACCCGCUCAUCCCGCUGCGGCUGUUGAGCAACCUGCACGCCUUGGCCGCGCUGGCCUGCUCCUUCUGCCACGGCUACGUCUUCGUCUCCGCAAGCUACUACCUCCCGCUCUACUUCCAGGCCGUCCUGAAGGCCUCGCCGCUCCUCUCGGGCGCCUACAUCUUGCCCUUCACCGUCGUCCUGGCCAUCACCAGCGCGGGCACGGGCGUCUUCAUCCGCAAGACGGGCAAGUACCUCCCGCCCAUCAUCUUCGGCUUCGUCCUCAUGACCCUCGGCUACGGCCUGUUUGUCGACCUCGAGCCGCGCGCCAACUGGCCCAAGAUCAUCCUCUACCAGAUCGUCGCCGGCAUCGGCGUGGGGCCAAACUUCCAGGCGCCCCUGAUUGCGCUGCAGACGCUCGUGCAGCAGCGCGACAUCGCCUCGGCGACGGCCACGUUCGGCUUCAUCCGCCAGCUGAGCACGUCCAUCUCGGUCGUCGUCGGCGGCGUCGUCUUCCAGAACGGCAUGGAGAAGCAGUACCCGCGCCUGCUGCGGGACCUGGGCCCGGACGUCGCCAGCCUGCUUUCGGGCGGCAACGCGGCGGCCAGCGUCGGCCUCGUGGCCAAGCUCGAGGGCCCCGCCGGGGACGAGGCGCGCGCGGCGUACUGGGACGCGCUGCGGACCAUGUUCAUCAUGUACGUCGCCUUUGCGGCGCUGGGCCUCGUCAUCGCGUGCUUCGUGGGCCAGCGCAAGCUGAGCAAGGAGCACGAGGAGCACAAGACUGGCCUGGAGGGGAUGAGGGAGGCGAGGGAGAGCGACAAGGCCGCCAAGGCCGACAAGGCUGACAAGGCGGCGCGGGAUGCGGAGUCCGCGCCUGCGCCUGCGCCUGCUGGGGGUGUCAAGGAAGGCUGA